AUGAGCGAGGAAGACCGCUUAACUCUUCUGGACGAGGACUGGAGCGACUCGCCAAUGGAGACGCUCUCACGCGCGGGCUUCAUCGCGCUCUCUGUGUUCCUGGGAUUCAUCAUGACUUUCGGCUUUUUUAAUAACCUCGUAGUAUUAGUGCUUUUCUGUAAGUUUAAGACGCUGAGGACGCCGGUUAACAUGCUGCUUCUUAACAUCAGCAUCAGUGACAUGUUGGUGUGUAUGUUCGGGACGACCCUGAGCUUCGCGUCCAGUGUGCGGGGAAGGUGGCUGCUCGGGCGACACGGCUGCAUGUGGUACGGCUUCAUCAACUCCUGCUUCGGUAUUGUUUCUCUCAUAUCCUUGGUGGUUCUUUCUUACGACCGCUACAGCACAUUGACUGUGUACCAUAAACGGGCUCCAGACUACCGCAAGCCUCUGCUGGCAGUAGGAGGCUCCUGGCUGUACUCUCUGAUCUGGACAGUGCCUCCUCUUUUAGGCUGGAGCAGUUAUGGGCUGGAGGGUGCCGGAACCAGCUGCUCUGUAUCAUGGACUCAGCGCACGGCCGAGUCUCAUGCCUACAUCAUCUGUCUGUUUGUAUUCUGCCUGGGACUACCAGUGCUUGUCAUGGUCUACUGCUAUGGGAGACUGCUGUACGCCGUCAAACAGGUAGGGAAGAUACGCAAGACGGCUGCACGGAAACGGGAGUACCAUGUGUUGUUCAUGGUUAUCACCACUGUGGUGUGUUACCUUUUGUGCUGGAUGCCGUACGGCGUCGUGGCCAUGAUGGCCACAUUUGGCCGGCCGGGAAUCAUCUCACCUGUGGCCAGUGUGGUUCCCUCUCUCCUCGCCAAGAGCAGCACGGUCAUCAACCCACUCAUAUACAUCCUCAUGAACAAACAGUUCUACAGGUGUUUCCGCAUCUUGUUCUGCUGUCAGAGAAGUUUGCUACAGAACGGUCACUCCUCCAUGCCCUCCAAGACCACCGUCAUCCAGCUGAACCGCAGGGUCAACAGUAACGCUGUAGCCUGCACCGCUCAGAUCUCCACCGGGACUCACAACCAUGAUUGCAGCACUCACGUCACAGAGAGGAGCAACCCUCCAGAGGUCAUUCCAUGA